GUCCCCUGGGUCCCAAGGCAAGCUGCCCCUCACAGGCUCUUAGGGCCCAGGGGACAGGGGGUGGAGCCGGCUGCACAGCUCUGUGCUGGGGCAGGAAGCGAGAGUGGGGAGGGGGGAGGCCACAGCCGGUGGAGGCAAGGCGGGUGCAGGGCGUGUGGGGAGGGAGGGAGGUGACAGCACUCCGAGCCCUGAGGCCCUGCUGGCCACUGGGCGCAGGCCCAGCUCCGGGCCCCAGGAAUGGACCUCGUGGACCCUGACAUCUUUAAUAGGGAUCCCCGGGACCACUAUGACCUGCUACAGCGGCUGGGUGGUGGCACCUAUGGGGAAGUCUUCAAGGCUCGAGACAAGGUGACGGGGGACCUGGUGGCGUUGAAGAUGGUGAAGAUGGAGCCUGACGAUGAUGUUUCCACACUUCAGAAGGAAAUCCUCAUCUUGAAAACUUGUCGGCACGCCAACAUCGUUGCCUACCAUGGGAGUUAUCUCUGGCUGCAGAAGCUCUGGAUCUGCAUGGAAUUCUGUGGGGCUGGUUCUCUCCAGGACAUCUACCAAGUGACAGGCCCCCUGUCAGAGCUCCAGAUCAGCUACGUCUGCCGGGAAGUGCUCCAGGGACUGGCCUAUCUCCACUCACAGAAGAAGAUACACCGGGACAUCAAGGGAGCCAACAUCCUCAUCAAUGAUGCUGGGGAGGUCAGACUGGCUGACUUUGGUAUCUCGGCCCAGAUCGGGGCAACGCUGGCUCGACGCCUCUCUUUCAUUGGGACACCCUACUGGAUGGCUCCAGAAGUGGCGGCCGUGGCCCUGAAGGGGGGAUACAAUGAGCUGUGUGACAUCUGGUCCCUGGGCGUCACAGCCAUCGAAUUAGCCGAGCUACAACCACCGCUCUUUGACGUGCACCCUCUCAGAGUUCUCUUCCUCAUGACCAAGAGUGGCUACCAGCCCCCAAGGCUAAAGGAAAAAGGCAAAUGGUCGGCUGCCUUCCACAACUUUGUCAAAGUCACCCUCACUAAGAGCCCCAAGAAACGACCCAGCGCCACCAAGAUGCUCACUCAUCAACUGGUGUCCCAGCCUGGGCUAAACAGAGGCCUGAUCGUAGAUCUUCUUGACAAACUGAGGAACCCAGGGAAGGGGGCCCCUGUUGGCGAGAUUGAAGAUGAGGAGCCUGAGCUCCCCCCCGCCAUCCCUCGGCGGAUCAGAUCCACCCAUCGCUCCAGCUCUCUGGGGAUCCCAGACGCGGAUUGCUGUCGGCGGCACAUGGAGUUCAGGAAGCUCAGAGGCAUGGAGUCCAGACCCACAGCCGACACGGCUCGCUUACAGCCCCCUGGAGACUUCAAGAGCAGCAGUCCUAGGAGGCACCUGUCGGAGUCUGAUGAUGACUACGACGACGUGGACAUCCCCACCCCUGCAGAAGACACACCUCCUCCGCUGCCCCCCAAGCCCAAGUUCCGUUCUCCAUCGGACGAGGGUCCUGGGGAAACUGGGGAUGAGGGACAGCUGAGCCCGGGGGUGCUGGUCCGAUGUGCCAGUGGGCCUCCUCCACGCACCCCACAUCUUGGGCCUCCCCCAGUCACGCGAAGCCCCCACCUAACUGCCCACUCAGAACCCUCACUCUGGAACCCAGCCCCCUGGGAGCCUGACCAGCCCCCACUGUUGCCCCCCAAGAAGGAAAAGAUGAAGAGAAAGGGAUGUGCCCUUCUUGUAAAGUUAUUCAAUGGCUGCCCCCUCCGGAUCCACAGCACGGCAGCCUGGACGCACCCCUCCACCAAGGACCAGCACCUGCUUCUGGGGGCCGAGGAAGGCAUUUUCAUCCUGAACCGAAAUGAUCAGGAGGCCACACUGGAGAUGCUUUUUUCUAGCCGGACUACCUGGGUGUACUCUAUCAACAAUGUCCUCAUGUCUCUCUCAGGAAAGACCCCCCACCUGUAUUCUCAUAGCAUCUUGGGCCUACUGGAACGGAAAGAGGCCAGAACAGGAAGCCCCAUCGCUCACAUUAGCCCCCACCGGCUACUGGCAAGGAAGAACAUGGUCUCCACUAAGAUCCAGGACACCAAAGGCUGCCGGGCGUGCUGUGUGGCAGAGGGCGCGAGCUCCGGGGGCCCGUUCCUGUGUGGGGCAUUGGAGACAUCCGUGGUCCUGCUUCAGUGGUACCAGCCCAUGAACAAGUUCCUGCUGGUCCGGCAGGUGCUGUUCCCGCUACCUACGCCUCUGCCGGUGUUUGCACUGCUGACCGGGCCAGGCUCCGAGUUGCCCGCCGUGUGCAUCGGCGUGAGCCCCGGGCGGCCUGCGAAGUCGGUGCUCUUCCACACCGUGCGCUUCGGCGCGCUCUCCUGCUGGCUGGGCGAGAUGAGCACAGCAGAGCACAAGGGACCAGUACAGGUGACUCAGGUCGAGGAAGACAAGGUGAUGGUGUUGAUGGACGGGUCUCUGAAGCUGGUGACCCCAGAGGGGGCCCCAGUCAGGGGGCUUCGAACUCCAGAGAUCCCCAUGACUGAAGCAGUGGAGGCCGUGGCUAUGGUCGGGGGUCGGCUCCAGGCCUUCUGGAAGCAUGGAGUGCAGGUGUGGGCUCUAGGCUCGGACCAGCUGCUGCAGGAGCUGAGAGACCCCACCCUCACCUUCCGUCUGCUUGGCUCCCCCAGGCCUGUGGUGGUGGAGACACGCCCAGCAGAUGAUCCUACUGCCCCCAGCAACCUCUACAUCCAGGAAUGAGUCCCUGACAGGGUGUUAGGAACCAGUCCCCACACCUCCCUCCCCAGCGGACACACAUUAGUGAUCACGACAUGCCCCUGUCUCUGAAUAAACAUGACUUCAGUCUCU